AUGUUAUCGGUAGCAACGUACAUCCCGCAACUUGCUAGAGCUGACCCGGAAUCAUUUGCCGUGUCGGUAUGUACCGUAGAUGGACAGAGAAAAAGUUGGGGUGAUGCAGUCAAGCCAUUCUGCUUACAGUCAGUUUCGAAGCCUUUCACCUAUGCUUUGGUGCAUGAUGAGAUUGGAGCAGAAGAGUUGCACAGCUAUGUCGGACAGGAGCCAAGUGGACGACUCUUCAAUGACAUCUCGCUUGAUUAUAAUAAAAAGCCUCAUAAUCCGCUGAUAAACGCUGGGGCUAUAGUUGUUGCCUCACUGAUGAAACGGAAAGCCUCCCUAUCUGACCGUUUUGAUUUUGCCAUUCACCAGAUGAGGAGAUUCUGUGGAGUUGGCUACAUUGGCUUUAACAAUGCUGUAUUUUUGUCAGAAAGAGAAACAGCGGAUCGCAAUUACGCACUUUCCUACUACAUGAGAGAGCAUAAAGUUUUUGCACCGGACACAAACCUCCAAGAUACCCUGGACUUGUAUUUCCAACUGUGUUCGAUUGAGACUAACUGCGACACCUUAGCAGUCAUGGCAGCAACACUGGCAAAUGGAGGAGUCAAUCCGAUGAACGGCGAAAGGGUAAUCAAUAACAGAGCAUGCCGUGAUACUUUGUCGUUGAUGUACUCAUGUGGAAUGUAUGACUGGUCAGGACAGUUCGCUUUUCGAGUUGGCCUGCCAGCAAAAUCUGGUGUUGCCGGAGAUAUGAUAAUGGUUAUUCCAAAUGUGAUGGGUAUCGCCAUCUAUUCUCCCAGGCUGGACAGUUUGGGCAACACGUACCGUGGCUUGAAAUUUGCCGAAGCAUUCAUCGAAAAGUUCAACUUCCACAACUACGACAGCUUGGUCUACUCCGAUUGCAAGAAAAUGGAUCCGAGAAAAGCGGUUACAGAUCUUGAACAGGAUAAUACUUCAAAGUUCAUGUAUGCUGCUAAGAAUGGUGACAUAUCUGCUAUGAAGAGGUAUCUCUUGAUGGGCCUGGACAUACAUGACCGCGAUUACGAUGAGCGUACAGCUUUGCAUGUGGCUGCGUCAGAAGGCGAUGUGGACUGCUUAAAUUAUGUGCUUUCAAAGUGGAAGGAGUCACCAGAGCCCAUGGACAAAUUUGACAGAACACCGCUUGACGACGCCAAACAUUUCAACCAUCAAGAGUGCAUAGAGGCUCUGCAAAAGGCAAUAGAACGGUGGAAGAAGGCGGAAGAGGAUUCUACUAUGUAGUAGUGUGCAGUCAUUAUUACCGUUGAACUUACAAG